GGUCUUGGAGCAACACAAGGUGCAUUACAGUUAUCAAAAGAUCCUACAAUCAUGGAACGUGUAGUGUGGGGCAUGUUGGCGAUUCUCAUCACCUCUGCUAGCAUUGGUGUGGUCGUCGUGUGGCGAAACAGUGAAAUGAAUUCGAUUCGUUAUCAAACGUUGUGGCUAGCAAUGGCGAAUAAACGGCAGGAAAUUUCGGAAUGGCAGACCGAGUCCAAACAGGCGACUGCAGAUAUUCGACGCAAACAGGAGCAGAGCCUAGAGUCGUUGGAUAGAGUGGCGCAAAACCUAUACAACUUGCGCUCUGCAUUGUCGAUGCAACGUGAGGAAGUCAUUAAAAUUCAAAACGAAAACGAAAAACGUAUGGAGCAGUUUGUAGGCGAUCUUAAGCAGAUGCGCUCAACGUUAAAUGUUCAACCCGGUUCAUAUCGAUCCUGCAAAGAUGAAGCCGUUAAUGUGUCUGGAGUGUAUAACAUCCGUGGAGAAGACCAAUCUUAUUCAUUCGUGGCCUAUUGUGAGCAAGAGAAAUUUAACGGAGGGUGGAUGGUCAUACAGCAUCGUUUCGUCGGAAUUCUGGAUUUUGACCGCAAUUGGAAGGAUUACAGAAACGGCUUUGGCGAAGUCGACGACGAGCAUUGGCUCGGAUUGGAGCAGGUUUAUCAGUUUACGAAGCAGCAAGAUUGCGAGCUAUUGGUCGAGUUGAAGGACUUUGACGGAACCUAUAAAUACGCUAGGUACGAUUUAUACGCCAUCGGAAGCGAAACCGAGCAGUACAAACUGAAAUCGCUUGGGCAACAUUCCGGAACGGCAGGAGACUCACUGAUAUCCAACAAAGGAAUGAUGUUUUCUACUCCAGAUAGGGAUAACGACAAUAUAUCCAAUUAUCAAUGUGCAGUUAAGUCUCGUGCAGGCUGGUGGUUCAAUGAUUGCGGUAAAACUUAUUUGAACGGGUUCUAUAGAAAUGAAACGGAAACGGGAGUAAACAAAAUCUCUUGGGAAGGUUACAACAACGAUUGGCGUGGACUAAGUUAUACUCGUAUGCUGAUUCGUCCUUUAGACGAAAAACCGACAGAAACGAGUAUCAGCAAUUCAAACGAACAGCCAGAAUACAAUGAAUCUGAUGAAUUUUAUUAAAGGGCAGAAUAAGCAACAAGCGUGUUAUAUUUUCUUCGAAACAAUGUACCAAUACGUGGCCUUUUGAAGAAUAAAAUCCUUAUGAAGCUAAAUAAUGAGCUAAAUUAAA